AUCGACGACUUCGACUUUUCGACAUCCAACGACCAGCCAUUAGGCAUAUCCAUCUAGUCGAAGUAUCCAAAUAAUACCGCCAAGAUGGGUAAGGGAAAGCCUCGUGGUUUGAACGCCGCUCGCAAGCUCAAGGAUCACCGCCGUGAUCAGCGAUGGGCCGAUCUGUCCUUCAAGAAGCGCCUUCUGGGAACAGCCUACAAAUCGUCUCCCUUCGGUGGUUCUUCUCACGCCAAGGGUAUCGUCCUCGAAAAGGUCGGUGUUGAGGCUAAACAGCCCAACUCCGCUAUCCGAAAGUGUGUCAAGGUUCAGUUGAUCAAGAACGGAAAGAAGGUCACUGCUUUCGUCCCCAACGACGGUUGUCUUAACUUCGUUGACGAGAACGACGAAGUCCUUCUCGCCGGUUUCGGUCGUAAGGGCAAGGCCAAGGGUGAUAUUCCUGGUGUCCGUUUCAAGGUCGUCAAGGUUUCCGGUGUCGGUCUGUCUGCUUUGUGGAAGGAGAAGAAGGAGAAGCCUCGUUCAUAAACAACACGAAAAACGAAGGCUGGGGUUUGCCGAGUGGAGGAAAGAAAAACAUAUUGAGAACGAUUCCAAUGACAUGUGCGAAGGGGGAUUACGAGAGCAUACCCUCUUUUGGAAUUGGACAAAAUUCGACCAUCAUGUUGCAUCGGAUAUAAGGAUUCUGUAUGCACAAGAAUUUUUCUCUUUAGAAAGGUUUUAUACGUUUCACAAGGAUGGCGUCAUGACUUGUACGGGAUGGUUGAAAUGCUUAACUACUACAUGUUUACUUAGUGUAGUAGUAGUGCUUCGACUGCCAAAAUACCAUUGAUUAUUGGUUUUUC